GAACCGAACAAGACACAUUUUUCUCUUAGAUAACUCAUCCUUUCUCUUCCAUUUCUUCUUCUCUCUGUUCUCCACAUUUCACAUACAAUUUCAGAAACAUUGUUGAUUGUACCUUGGACAGAAAACCCACUAAAUAGUGUCUGUCAGUUUCUUUCCUUAAGUAGUUUUUGGAGUUUUGUUAGUGGAAAGUUUUUAUUUUUAUUUUUUUAUGAGUGUUUUUUCCGUGUUUUCAAAACAGUUGUUUUCCAUAUAGGAAAAUACGGCGAAAAAUAAGCUUUACUGUGCAUGUAUUCAUGUGGGUAAAGGUUUGAAUUUGUUGUCGUCGUUGAUUGGCGCUUUCUAGAAACUUGUAGAAACAAAACUGAGCUGCGGUUUUCAUUUUUCUUGAUCUGUUGAUUGGUUUCGAGAAAGCAAAAUUCGUCUUUGUUUUUUGCUUUGAAUAAUACAUACAGAAGGAGAAAAAAGGGUAGUCGAGUCUAAUUUUUGUUUUGCCGGAGUUGUAUUUAUGUUGAAUUAAAUUCAUCUGGGUGUUUCUUAUUUUCGAGUAAUUUCAGAAAAUUAUUGAAAUGGGGUCGUCAGGAAUGUCGAAUGACGAAAUUGUGCAAGAAAUUAUGCGAAUUCAUGGAUCUCUACCGACAAGGCCAUCGAUUGAUGAGGUUGAAGCUGCAAGAGCUUUAAUUGGAAACCUAGAGAAAGAGGAUCAGUUGAAAAUAGAUGCUAUCAUGAGGCAAAAUAAAAGGAAAGGUGUUCCGGAAGAGCUGUUCAAAAUUUUGCAAGAGAUGCAGAGAAACGCUGUUCUUUUUCAGAGUAAAGAACAGAAGAAGGAGGCGUUGAAACUUUUAGAUCUCGAAAACAUUCACACUGUGUUCGACGAUUUGAUUCAGAGAGCUACGAAAUGUUUGCCUUCUAAUUCUCAGGCUAAUGCACCGUCUUCUUCUUCAAUGGAUUCGAAUGGUUUAUCUUUGGCAAGUUCAGUUUCCUUGUCCGCCAGCAGCAGUUUAAAUCCUCCGACAACCACAACUGCGACUACUUCAUCGUCCAACUUUUAUAACGCAAAAGAGCCUAUUAAAGCGUCUGAACUGUAUAGUAGAGAUGAUAGUUACUUGAAUAAGGCAAACGCCACGUUUCUCGUGGAUGGAAUUGGUGUUGGGCUUCGAUCUGGGGAUGCUUCAUCAGGGCCUAAAAUUGUUGAUUCCACCUUAAAGCCGGCAACUAGUGGUCAAGAAGGUGAGAAAUUAAGUUUGGUUAAGCUUGCCAGUAUGAUUGAAGUGUCAUCCAAGAAAGGAAGUCGAGAGCUUAUUCUUCGGAAUAAGUUGUCGGACCAGGUUGAAUGGCUUCCAGAUUCUAUAGGGAAGCUAUCAAGUUUGAUCACUUUGGAUCUGUCUGAGAAUCGAAUUACUGUCCUACCCACCACCAUAGGGGGGCUCUUAUCAUUGCAAAAGCUAGAUUUGCACUCAAACAGAAUUAUUGAACUGCCUGAUUGCAUUGGAGAUCUUCUUAACUUGGUCUAUCUUGACCUCAAUGGAAAUAACUUGAAGGUGUUGCCCGCGAGUUUUGCUAGGUUAGCUCACCUUCAAGAACUUGAUUUGAGCUCUAACAUGCUAUCAGUACUCCCUGAGACAAUUGGCUCCUUAGUAAGUCUUAGGAAAUUGAUUGUGGAAACUAAUGACCUUGAGGAACUUCCUCACACUAUUGGUCAAUGUACUUCUCUCAAAGAGCUUCGUGUAGACUAUAAUCAUCUUAAAGCUCUUCCUGAAGCAGUGGGACGAAUUGAGUCUUUGGAGAUUCUGACUGCGCGGUACAAUAACAUCAGGUUAUUGCCUACAACUAUGUCAUCCCUUACAAACUUGAAAGAGCUCAAUGUUAGUUUCAACGAAAUCGAAUCAGUGCCUGAGAGCUUGUGUUUUGCUACUUCACUGGUAAAGCUGAACAUAAGCAACAAUUUUGCAGACCUGAGAUCACUACCAAGGUCCAUUGGGAACCUUGAAUUGCUUGAAGAAUUGGACAUGAGUAACAACCAGAUACGAGUUCUUCCAGACUCAUUUAGGAUGCUCUCAAGUUUGCGGAUCCUUAAAACCGAUGGAAAUCCUUUGGAAGUCCCACCAGGAAACAUCGUUGAGAAGGGAGCACAGGCCGUUGUUCGAUACAUGGCUGAUAUGGUUGCCAAUAGGCAUUUGAAGACUCAGCCCGUGAAGAAGAAGAAGAAAUCAUGGGCUCAAAUAUGCUGCUUUUCAAGUUCCAACAAACGUCAGCGCAAUGGCAGUAUGGACUACGUUAAUACUUGAUGUGCUGCAGCUUCCAUUCAAAUCUGGGAAAUGAGCUGUGAUUUGGCUGGACGAGAGCUGCAAAUUUUCAGUUGAAUUCAACCAAUUUUGCCAGCUAAAUUCAAUCAACUUUCUUGUUGUUCCAGAUAGGCUCUAAACCACUGCCACGUGUUUUUUUAAUUCUCAUUUCAUCUAAUAAUUCUUUUAAUGCAUUUCUGCUGUAAACUUUUCCUCGAUUAUGUAAAAAAAAAAAUGUAAAAUCUUAUCUUAUUUGACUUUCUAUAUAUUGAAUGACAUUGAAAAAGUCAGCCUGAAUUAAUUUGUCAUUAUCCAAUACUCGACGGCGAAUUUGUUUGGAAAUGAGCACGCAGUGUUGGCGGCCUUUAUAUUUUGUACCAAAUACAUUUCACCCAUUUAUUUA